AAUGCGCCAGGCUUUAUAGCCUCAAUUGUGAUUAACCUAUACAAUCGGCCUAUUAAGCUGCCUUUAGCGUUCGCUCAGCUUUCGAGCGACGGGGCGGCCGUCAAAGCCACUCGCAGAAGUUUAUUCACAUUUCGUUUCACCUGUAAAAACGCCACAUCAUGUUGGGCUUUCAGGGCCCGAUUGCUUUGGAGCGAAGCCCAAUGACGGGCCAAAUGCCCAUCGCUAGCACGUCCAGCUCGACUUCAUGCGCCAAGACGGCGCUCCUGUACCCACGUAAAGUGCGGGGACAAUCUAGCUCAACUCGGCGUGUGGCUACAGCCGCAGCGACGGCGCCUGCUACGCCCCGGCUGUCUCGACCACUCAAGAUGGUCAAUCUGGGCUCCAGUGACCUCAUGGUUUCUGAAGUCUGCAUGGGAACGAUGACAUUUGGUGAGCAGAACUCCGAGGCCGAGUCUCACACCCUGCUGGACAUGGCAGCCGAGCACGGCGUGAACUUCCUGGAUACCUCGGAGAUCUACCCGGUGGCUCCACGCCCCGAAACCGCCAACCGAACCUCCACCUACAUCGGCAAUUGGCUGCGGCACCGAAGGCGAGAGGACUUUGUGGUGGCGACCAAAGUGGCAGGCCGGUCUGACACGCUGCAAUGGGUGGUGGCGAACCGCACCGACCCGCCGGGUCGGCCCGCCCUGCCGCGUCUGGACGGCCCCUCCAUCAUCGCGGCUGCGGAGGCGGAGCUGCGGAGGCUGCGGAGCGACCACAUUGACUUGUUACAGCUACACUGGCCGGACAGGUAUGUUCCGGGGUUCGGUCGCUUCCAGUACCGUCUUGAUGCGGCGGCGGCUCAACCGCGACUGGGGCUCGACAAGGCGCCAGCAGCAGCAGCGAGUAGUGACGGAGGAAAAGGGAGCAGCGACGGGGCCGGUGAACGGGGGCAGCAGCAGGAGGAGGGAGUGCCUGUGAGCAGCUUUGAGGAGCAGGUGGAGGCGAUUGGGAAGCUGCUGCAGCAGGGCAAGAUCCGCGCCUGGGGUCUGUCCAACGAGACGAGCUGGGGCGUGAUGCGGCAGUGCGCGGCUGCGGAUGCCGCCGGACUUCCCCGGCCUGCAACCCUCCAGAACAGCUACUCGCUGCUGCACCGACAGUUCGAGGGGGAUCUGGCGGAGGUAUGCGCGCCGCACCACCUCAACCUCGGACUGCUCCCCUGGAGCGCCCUAGCCGGCGGCGCCCUCUCAGGAAAGUACCUGCCGUACGGGACCCUGCCACCCGGCUGCCGCCUCACGCUGUUUCCGGAGCGCUACGCGCGCUUCAACACGCCGCGAGUGGCGGCGGCGGUGGCGGAGUACGUGCGCGUGGCUGCGGAGGCGGGACUGACGCCGGCGCAGCUGGGGUAUGCGUGGUGCAGGAGCCGCUGGUUCAUCCCCUCCGUCAUCAUCGGCGCCACCAGCGCCCAGCAGCUCCUGGAGAACCUGGGAGCCUUCCAAUCGCAACCCGCCCUGCAGCCGGAGACGAUUGCGGCCAUCGAGCAGAUUCACCUGAGGCACCGCAACCCCACUCUGUGGGACUAGGUGCACCCGUCAUGGGUGCCGUCAUGAGGGUGUUGCCGGUGGUGGUGCCAUGGGAGCUGGGUGUGGUGGUUAGUGGAGGUCCAGACCCACGCAGGGCGGAAAUAGGGAAACUUUGUGAGCAAGCGGAAGAGGAAGGGG